AAGCACGAACUACACCCUAAAUAGUGCACUAAGUGUGGUAUUGGAAUUGUGCCGGGCAAAAGUGAGAAAAGCGAAGUUGUAGAGCUGUAGAUGAGUGGAGAAGGUGGAGGAAGAAGAGGAUUUCUGUAUGGAAUGUCAGGAAAGAGUCGAGGUGUCUGUCUUUACAGAUGUGGAUCAGGAGCUUUUCAUAAAGGAGAUCUAUCCUCUGAGAAAACCGGCAUUGCUCAAGGGAGUACCUUUGGGACCGUGCGUGGAAAAAUGGACAGUGGAUUACCUGGCAGCAAAGGGGGGUGACCGGGAGGUCAAAGUUCAUGUGUCUUAUGUUCCGCAGAUGGACUUUCUGCAUAAGAAUUUUAUUUACAGGACUUUACCAUUUGACAAGUUUGUCCAGAGAGCUGCAGCAGAAGAAGAGCAUGAAGAGUUCUUUAUUAGUAAGGAUGAGAGCUACUACCUGAGAUCGCUUGGAGAAGACGCUCGCAAGGAGCCCGCUGACCUGAGGAAGCAGUUUCCUGACCUGGCACAAGACUUCCGUAUGCCUCAGUUUUUUGCACCUGAGCAGUUUUUCUCCAGCGUUUUCCGCAUCAGCUCACCUGGCUUGCAGCUAUGGACACACUAUGACGUGAUGGACAACCUGCUGGCUCAGGUGACCGGGAGGAAGCGCGUCGUCCUCUACAGCCCCCAGGAUGCCUUACACUUGUACCUGACAGGCGAUAAGUCUGAAGUUUUGGACGUGGAUUCUCCGGAUUUGGAGCUCUAUCCGGAUUUCGUGAAGGCAUGUCGAUACGAGUGUAUUUUAGAACCAGGUGAUCUGCUCUUCAUCCCAGCCCUUUGGUUUCACAACACGCUGGCUCUUCAGUUCGGUAUUGGAGUCAACGUGUUCUGGCGCCACCUACCCCUGGACAGCUAUGAUAAGAAGGACCCGUAUGGCAACAAGGAUCCAGUGGCAGCGGCGCGGGCGCUGCAGGUCCUGGAGCGGUCGCUGGGAGCGCUGGAUGAGCUGCCGGAGGAAUACCGGGACUUCUACGCCCGUCGCAUGGUGCUGCGUAUUCAAAGCCGGGCGUACUCCAGUGCAACCUAUAAAAUAAAGACACAGACUACAGUUGCUGAUGACAAUUAAGUCUGGGACAUUUUUAUUAAAGUCAUUACAGUGAUCCCCUGUGAUAUGUGGACUUGUUAAUACCAUUAUAAAGAUGUGCACUGGGCGUUUUUUUUUUAUUUUUUACUUUCUCUGUAAAUUCAAACAAGUUCAUAAGUGAGCAACUUUUUAAAUAAGGUGCCACAACAGCAUAGUGAUAAUAAAUCACUGAGACAAUGAGAAUGACAUGACAGUUAACAUAAAGGUUUACCUUGCCAUCUAUAACGUGUUGUACAAUACUGUGAAACCCAGCAAAAUAGCAGCCCUCUUUUUCUCUAAUAAAAUGGCAGAUAAGUCACUGGGACAUGAA